UCAAGUUGUGGUAACGAGAAGCGAUACAUGGGCGAAGGAUCAGUCCCAGUCGACCUAUGGGAGUCCGUGUACGGGACAUGUGGGUUUUGGAGAGUGUUCAUCAAAGGGUUUGCGGCAAAGACAGAGCAGUUGCGAAAGCUUGUGCGCCAAGGUCAGGAUUGGGAAUGGGGAGACAAGCAGGACUCAGUAAUAGAGGGUCUGAAGAAAGAAUUUGAGGAAGGGGGUCUAGUACUGGGGGUACCAGACCAUGCGGCUGUGAUGACCAGACCUUUUAUCGUAGAAACGGACGCAGGGCCGAUUGCCGUGGGAGGGGUACUGAUCCAACGAGACCUCAACGGAGAAGAACGGCCGCUAAGGUUUGAGAGUCGAAUGCUUAACACAACUGAGAGGAAUUACUCUCAGUUUAAGCGCGAGACCUUGGCAGUUCUUCACUGCUUGAGGAUCUUCAGAAACUACCUCUUUGGUAGCAGGUUUACGUUGAGGGUGGACCCAACUGCUCUAGCUGGUUCUCUUAAGAACUUCGCUCCAUCAGAUCCAACCAUUGCCAGGUGGUUGACGUACAUCUGGAUGUUUGACUUCGAAUUGGAGCGUAUUCCUGGGAACAAGAAUAGGGCAGAUGGGUUAAGUUGCGUCGACUGGGACAAUAACAACAAAGGGGUAAUUGAGGAUACUCCGCCGGUCGACGGUUUCCUGGACAAGGAAGAGGAUGUUAAACUCCUCAUUAAGUCCUGGUCAUUGGCUAUAGGUAACUAUGUUACUCCUGGACGACCUAUAUGGCUCGCACCUCUAGGUCAUGUGCGGCGGCCUGAUAUAAUCCUCAAACCUUAUGUUGAGGAAAAUUCUUGGGGAAUGCUAGGAGUGGAGUGGAUGAUGGAGUUGGCCUUGGCAGAUAAGUACCAGCUGCGGGAAGACUUGGUCACAUUAGAGACCGGACCCCAUCAGGUAGAAAAGCAUGAACGGUUGGCAGGUGGAAUGUACCUGUUGGCAAACUCGUUGCUUCAAGAAGAGGUUGCUAGGAUUGAAGGAGACGAGCAAGAUAGAGAGGAGAACGUGAUCCAUGAAGGAGAGGACGAUGAUUUUGAAGAAGGCUUGACACCAUUUGACGAAGCCAUGCCAAGAGGGAAGGGAGGGGCAGGGCCAGUGGAACUCCCUCAGGGGAUAGAUAGACAGAGAAUGCAGGGAUGGACCAGGAAAGAGGACAGGCCACCCAUCUUCAGAGGAGGGAACGUGGAGUUGUUUUUGGUCGAGUUCGAGAAGCAUGCCAACAAGUUCAGAUGGGAUGGAGCCAGGAUGCUGAGAGAGGUACGAGGAGAGGACGAGCAAAACAUUGCACCUGAGACCAAAGUGAGAGGGUUCCUCCAGUUCGUGAGGAGGCCUAUCAGGAUGUUCGUCAGGAGCAUUGUGGAAAGAGCGUUGCAUUGGGGAGAUUGCAGGCGGUUACUGAGGAGCUACUAUACUCCCACACGCCAGGCAGAGGAGAGAAGGAGUAUGGAGAAGAAGAGGAAGGAGCCAGAGGUCACARAGAGGAGGACUUUUGAGCCGGGCAUGACCUCAAGCACUCAGAGGGAUGGACAGAGGAGAGAGCAUAGGUCCCACAGGCAGGAGAGAGGAGAGGAGCAACAUGCUGAGAGGGUUCAAAGGAGAGAGGAACAACAUGUUGACUGGACACAGCAGACAGAGAGGCAGGAUGCAGAAAGGACCCAGAGGGGAGGACCAUCAGGUGGUUCAGAUGCGCCCCCUCAGCCUGCUCAAGACUGCCCUAUGGCAGACAAAGGGCCAGAACUACCUCAAGAGCCACAUGGACAAAAGCAAAGUGAGGAACAGGCUGCAAGGGAGAAGGAACAAGACAGAAAGGAGAGAGCAGUCGUAGAGAGAGAGAUCAGAGUCCAAAUCAGACUCAAGAACAUUGCGGAGCUGCACGAAAAGGUUGAGCAGGGAGAGAAGCCUGUGAUACUAGAAGACAGAAAGAGGAAUGGCUCACCUACUCAAGACGAUGAGACUCCUCUUUUCACGGAAGCUUGGGACAACUUUGAUAAGCUGUUGGAGGCAGCAGGGAGGCCCAAGGAACAGCAUCAGGAGAUGGGGGUUAAGCUGGUCUCUACAUACUUGCUUAGCUUGAAGGGCCUUAUGAAAGAGGGCUUUGCGGCGGCCAAGACUUCUUAUGAAAAGAUGGAGAAGAGGUUGACAAGGGUAGCACGGACGUUUCAUGAGCAGAGAAUGGACUGACAGAAAGAAAUUGAUGACCUCAAGAAGGAGUUGGAGAGGCAGGACAAUGAGAUGGAAGCCAUAAAGAUUGAGGUGGAGAAG